AUGCUAGGACAGGUAGAGCUUCUGGAGGACAAGUACUUUGAUUGGACACACGAGCAAGUUGAUCGACCAAUCAGACUCUUCAAAUCUGACUUUGCUGAAAUGAUGACGAAAGCCUAUUGGUGGUUUGUUCCUAUCACGUGGUUACCUGUUGUGUUCGCGAGUCUGUGGAUGUCGUUCAGAACUCUCUCAGAGACUCCGGAACUUUGGCCACAAAAUGCACCAAGUUUUCAUCUGGGUCAUACCUCUAUCCCAUGCCUGUUUGCACUGGGGAUAUUUAUCUGGACAUUUCUAGAAUACGCCAUUCACCGCUGGCUCUUUCACCUGAGGCCCCCAUCCAACUCACCGUUUCUCAUCAGGCUCCACUUUUCUUUACACGGACAACAUCACAAGUCACCCAUGGAUUCUAUGCGUCUUGUAUUCCCACCAUUACCUGCAGCAGUUUUUGCUGUCUUCUUCUUCUUUGGCUGUAAAGCCUUGUUCCCUAGUGGGACAGCCUUGGCGGUGUUUGCUGGGAUCGUUUCUGGCUACACGGCUUACGAUCUGAUUCAUUACUACCUGCAUCAUGGCGGCCACCCACCACUUGCUUAUUUCCAGAGACUGAAGACUUACCAUGCUCAUCAUCACUAUGAGUAUCAACAGCUUGGUUUUGGAAUAUCCAGUAAAAUGUGGGAUUACCCAUUUGGGACACUCAUUCCAGAGGAUGCCGAUCUGAAGAAACAGUAA